AUGGUAACAUUAAAAGUAGCCACAGCCGAUAUACCGCCGUUUGUAUAUUUACGUGAAGUAAACGGCACAUGGAUUAUGAACAGAGGCAUUGAAGCUGAGCUCCUGCACCUCAUGAGCCAAUACCUCAACUUUUCUAUACAAUUACUUAAAUGUGAUAAUCUGGGCGUCAAACUGGACAACAAUACAUGGACUGAACUCUUCGGGCUAAUUGCCAAUAAGAAUUCAAGUCUUCCACUUAUACCCGGCUCAUUGCGACCCGUGUUUACGGGCUGGUUGUGGGCGUGUCUGGUGCUCACCUCCAGCUAUAGUGGGUGUCUAUACUCUCUCAUGUCUUUCCCAACCCGUGUUAAGACCAUUAAUACAGUGGAAGAGUUGGCCGAAGCGCAGAGGGAGCACAGAGUUCGGGUGAUUGCCACCACCAGCGAUGCUUAUUAUGAUAUGAUCAGGAGUUUGUCGAAAUCAUGUGAUAAAUUGCGUUCACAUCCCGGUUCCAGUUAUUAUGAUAAUGAAAGGGGCGAAUGUAAGUAUCAGGAGUGCUAUAAAAAGCUGAGUCACACCAAAGAGUUUAAGGAUUUAAACAAACAGUUGGAUUCAUUGCCUGAAGAGACCAAAGCCAAGAAGGCUUAUGAGAGAUAUAUAUUUUAUUUGUAA